AAGAUGCAGGUGUAGGUUUUUUAUUUAACAUGUUACAACUUAGAUUAGCCUUUUAUCAACAUGCGAGAUUCCAAAGAGGGGGGAUUUGAAAAGAAGAACUUGGCAACUGCCAGCCCACUUCUCUGCAUUCGGCUGAGCGCUGCACUUCCCCUACAGCACGGGAUGCCAAAGUACAUUUUCGACGAAAAUACUCCUUUGUGCGAUACGACUUAACCCUCUCAACUUCAAAAUUAAAUUUUUGCUUUCAAGAGGUGGGUAAAUUGUUUAUGUGUUACUUGUAUCGACUACUAGACCGAUUCAUGUAAAGACCAGAAGAUGGAGUUGUUUUUCUUGAAUGAGUUCAGAACAAUAUUUUAUACUUUACUCGUGCAACAUCAGGUAUACUCACUCAAAACUGAAAUUCUUACCCAAUUCAGGUCAUUCUGCCUGCUGCAUUCAAUGGAAGAAAGGAUAUCUUUCUAUUGGAGCAACACGUGGGACUGCACCUUCUUCACCCGAAAGGAAAUUCUUCGCUUGCAUGGAAGAUACCACGAGCUGGCUCCACAUUUGGUUCCGAUGGACUACACCAACGACCCUGAUGUUAAAGUCCCUUUAGCCCUCAUAGUCAACAUGCCAGAACUGAAGGAGAAUCCGUUCAGGGAUCAGAUUGUGAAAUCAUUCUCUGAAGACGGCCAGGGGAACCUCAGCUUCAACGACUUCGUGGACAUGUUUUCAGUUCUCAGCGAAAUGGCUCCCAGAGAACUGAAAGCCAUUUACGCUUUUAAAAUAUACGACUUCAAUGUGGAUAAUUACAUCUGCAAGGAGGACUUGGAAAAGACUCUAAACAAGUUAACGAAGGAGGAGCUAACACCAGAGGAGGUAAAUCUGGUGUGUGAGAAGGCCAUUGAAGAGGCCGACCUGGAUGGAGACAACAAGCUCUCCUAUGCCGACUUUGAGAACAUGAUCUCCAGGGCUCCUGACUUUUUAAGCACCUUCCAUAUACGAAUCUAAAACGGCUUCAGUGGAAGACACCAAUACUGAUGUUCCUCGAACAGACAAGUCCACGUCGGAGGAUAAAUGUCUACUGUUGUUUUCCUUUCAUUUUUGGAAGCACACUGGACAGGAUUGCUGGCAAAUUCGGGGCUGUUUCGAAAAGUUUGGAUCAGAAAUUCCUUGGGUUUUCAGAGAAAGGAAAUGGAAAGUUGAGGCCUUUUGUGGGUUUGACCCACACACCUCGUCUUGGAGUAAAACUAAUGUGGAUUGUAAACCACUUUUAUGGGCUUCUACCAAUGUCCGUGGCACACUGGACACAAAUUUAACUCACUCUCCCACUUCUAAGACUCUUAUUUGGGAUCAAAUAAAUCAUGAGACAGUUUUCAUUCAGGAAGGGACAAACAAGCUGGACAAGAGAGUGAGAGCGAGGGCUACAAGCACAUUAUUGGCAUCAGCGCCACCGAGAGAAGUGUUUUCUACAGCUAUGCAAUCUUUCUCCAUAAAAUGCAUGAAUUAGAUUACGUUCCCUACCUUUUCCCAUUCCCUAAUGUCCCUACAGCUUUGCCAUUUCACAAUCUAAUUGCUUAUAGAACUGGAGCAUGACGACAAUCAUAUCUAAAUGUUCUCCAGUUGAAUGAAGGGCUCUGUCAUCAUAUAUUCUCUAACUGUCUUCUCUGUCAUUCGCUCUCCAAGUAUUUGUUCCACCCGCAGAUCCCUCUAUCCCUUCUGUCCUAACUUGAGGUGUUAGCGUCAAACUGUCUCUUACCUUUUUCAGUAUUUGAUGUGAUAGAGGGCAUUUGACUUCACUUUUAAUAAAGGUUUUCUGUUGAUUGUU